AUGGACAUGGAUGUCUCCUCCGUGGGCGCGGCAGCGGGGGCCAUGGCGGCGGUCCUGAUCGCCGUCUUCGCUGCCUUCCGGUUCAACCACUCCGCCGGCCGUGGUACUAGACCUAGAGCGGAGCCUCAGCCGGAGCCGGAGCCUGUAGCGCUGCCGCCGUAUUACCUGUUCUGGGGCGCCGUCAGCUGGGGAUGCAUGGUGGAAAGGGCCAUCGCGUCCCUGCCCCGGCGGGAGCUCAAGGAGACGGCCGAGUGCGCGAUCUGCAUCAGGGAGCUCGCCGCCGGGGAGACGGCGCGCGUGCUGCCGCGGUGCGGGCACGCGUUCCACAUGGAGUGCGUGGACCGGUGGCUCGGCUCGUGCCGCGCCAACUGCCCGCUCUGCCGCCGGGACGUCGUCCACAUCAACGACAUGGUCAUGCCGGCGCCGCUGCGGCGCUACCCGCGCGUGCAGCCCGGGCCGCCCGUGCCGUUCGUCCGCAACCGCAACCUCAAUUGA